AAACUAUGUGAAAGAAUCCUCUGAGGUCACAAUUUCUGGGUGUCACUGGAACAUCUGAUCAUCAUCCCUUUGGCAAUUCCAGCCUUCUCUGGAAGGUCAGUAGAAGCAAUUGAUGUAUUCACCUCUACAGGAAUCAGACUCGGGCUAUUUUGGUUUUCAGUGAAUUAUGCCUUUUCAGUUUGGGACCCAACCAAGGAAGUUUCCAGUGGAAGGGGGAGAUUCUCCAGUUGGGCUGGAGCCUGGGCUGAGCUCCAGAGCUGCCUGUAAUGAGAAAGAGAUGUCACCAGCCAGGCAACUCGGAAGAUGCCCUGGAAGUCAUGGCCCGACAAUAACUGAUGUUCCCAUCACUGUCUAUGCAACAAUGCGAAAGCCACCCGCACAAAGCAGCAAGGAAAUGCAGUCUAAAUAGCAUCAUUAAGUCUUCUGUGGAGGUUUGACUAGGUCAAGGGUAAUGGGCCAGUAUCAUCUUAUGAUCUAGUAAACAAAAGUGGUGGCACCUUUGGAUGAAAA